AUGCAGUCAAUGAAUUGGAAAUCCGACAUCAACCAUGCCAAAUCGAUACCGAUGAUCAACUGGGCUGCUCUUAUAAAAUAUGCCAUUAAAACCAGAGACCCCCAGAGCAUGGAACCCUCAAAUACUCGGACAUGCUAUAAUCAUCCUUCAUACAACAUGGGCGGGCUUCAUCUAGUAAGAGUCCUCGUAUUUGACGACGGAAUGAAAUGGGUUGCGCGCAUUCAGUUACACGAACGCACAAGCGAAUCCAAGAAACGGCUGCUCUAUGAAGUUCACACACUCUCUUUACUACGAGAGCGAACAGAGAUUCCCGUACCAGAAGUAUUUGGUUACGAUCUCAGCGGAGAUAUUAUCGGCCGUUGUUUUGUGCUCAUGAACUUCAUUCCUGGCAGCACUGCGAUGGAUGCUUUUGGAGGUUGGAAGGUUCACAAUGGUGAAAUUCCACUGAAAUUCAAGCCAGAAUUCUCCCAAAGUAUUGCAAAAAUACAUGUAAGCGUACUGAAUGUUCGCUCUUGUGGGAUCUUGACUGACUAA